AUGAGAAUACAUCAAGAUGAGAAUACUGCUGCUCCACAGUGUCCCUUUCCUGAUGCUUAUGUUGGAAAUGCACUCAACACAGGCCUCUUCGACUUUGUUUGGGUACAGUUCUACAACAACCCAAGAUCUGGUGAUAUUUCAAAUCUCGAAGAUGGUUGGAAGCAAUGGACUUCCGCCAUUCCUGCACAUAAGAUUUUCUUAGGACUUCCUGCUGCACCCCAAGCUGCUGGUAGUGGAUUUAUUCCAGCGGCUGAUCUCAACUCACAAGUCCUUCCGGCUAUCAAGAAUUCAGCUAAAUAUGGAGGUGUCAUGCUUUGGUCCAAGUAUUAUGAUGAUCUAGAUGGAUACAGCUCUUCCAUCAAGAAUGAUGUCUAG